GGCUGUCGGCGCUCGCUUGCCUCGCCGCAAGCACGGGCAUGCUGCUGCUCUCGUCACUCAACUACCCGGGCGGCGAGGCGCUCGACUUUGUGCGCGCGCACGCCGCCGCCGCCUCGGCCGGGCUGAUGGGCGGUGUCGGGGCGGCGGCGCCGGGCCUCGUGACGGUGCCCGUGCACGCGUGCGUGCUGGCCUGCAUGACGGGCGUGACGCUCUUCGGCACGACGGCCCCCGUCGCGGGCGCCGAGGUCCUGCCGGCGUACCACGUGGUAGGCAGCAGCAGCAGCAGCAGCAGAGGCGUUGGCGGCGAUGGCGGCGACGAGGUCAUCGGCGGUUCCCCGGCCGCCACCGCCGCCGGAUCGGGCGGCAGCGUGGCGCUGGCGCUGGACAAGACGGAGGACCGCGCCGCGCUGGCAAGACCGGCGUUCUGGGAGGUGUUCGACUACCUCAUCGUCGAGGAUCCCGAGGAGGCGCGCGGCGGCCGGUGGGAGGUGGUCGGCGUCGUGCAGGGCUACGCGGGCGUCGAGGUGCUGCGGCCCGGGAGCCGGGCUGACGACGACGACGACGACGACGACGACGUGGAGGAUGGCGCUUCAUCCGCCGCCGGCAGGGUCGUGGGGAGGGGCAGGACGGUCAGGGACGUCAGGGCGCGGGUGAGGCGGGUGACGGGCGGCUGGUGGGUUGGGCCCAGGAUGGCGCCGCGCCUUCACGUGCUAAGGCGGGUCAAGGGGGGCGGCCAGACCAUGAAGACGGCUGCGUCAUGACGGGAGGGUGGUGACGAAGCAUUAUCCAUGUGAAGAAAAAGAAAAAAAAGAGAUCGGUCAUUAGAACGCCCAACCUGGCCUUAUCCCUGGUCCCACCUUGCAUCGGCAUGCCCGAUCUAGUUUUUUGCGUCAGAUGACUUGAGAUCCCUUUGAGCCCAUCAUCCCUCGCACUUGUCGUUUCGGGGGUUGCCAUGCCGCCAAAAUGCAGAGAGGGUGAGAGAGGGGGCUGCAUGAGUUGACUUUGCCUUAUGAUAGGCUACUAUACCGUAAUGGCACUUGCUUCCCCACAAGAUCUGAGACGAUGAUGUGCACAGAUUCUCCGGUCUCUCUUUAUACUGCUCCCCGUGUCUUCC